AGGGAGGUCGUUGACUCUUUUGUUUUUGUUUUUAAGGCUGCUUCCUCCAUCGCCUCCACUACUGCAUUCGUGUGUGCAUUGCGUUGUGGAGCGGCAUCGACAGGAACACGCAGGUGAAAGCACUCCUCACCGUCCCCCGGAGUUGUCUUGCUGUUUCCUAUAUACAUAUCGCUCGCAGCGGUUUGAAUACAUCUCCCCUCGAUUCCCUUGUACGAGCGACGCGCCAUCCACCAAGUCGACGUAAACAGACGCCUUCGUUGUAAUUACGUUCGUCCCCCUUUGGGAUUUCGUUUUUGCACAUCGGCGCUUUUCGCUUUCUCCUUCUUUUCAUUGAUACAUCUAACAGACGGUAACCAACGCGCUAAAUCAGUACAUAAGAAUACAUAUAUAUAUAUAUAUAUACAUAGAUUUAUAUAAGGAAGUUUAUGGAGCAGCAGUGGCACGACGUCUUUCUGCACAACGACACUGGCGAUGCCGCCUUCCACAACGGUGCACCGCUGCUGGUCGAAGCCCUGCAGGUGAUCGGCGGUGUCUGCGCAAUUCAAUCGGCUACGCGUCUCGGCUUACACCUGCGCGAUGCCCAGCACAGCAGCGCCUUGGACCCGUUCGGGGCGACGUACACGGAGAAGCACGUGUACCAGGAGCACGCAGAUCGCAUCGCUGUCGCAGGUCCGCUGCUGGGUGAGCUACGUCGCUUCUUUCAAGAACAGGCGGCGACCAUGACAGGGGAGGAGGAAGAGAGCGAGGCGAUGGCGGCGGUGCCGGAGUUGGACGGCCUGCUCGUACCCACCGCCUGGGCAGCAGCUCUCUGCACAGCAGCUCGAGAAAAGGAAGGAGGAGAAGCGGACACAGCGAUGGCGCACUCCGCAGUCGGUACGGAUGCCGAGAGGACAACUUCCGCUCCCCUCUUGGGGCACCCCCUCUUCAGCUACAAUUCUUUCCUUCACCAUUUUGACCGCCUUAGCAAGCUUGUGAGCAUGGGCGAGGCCUUCAGUGCGAGUGAGCCGCGCGUGAAGGUGCUGCAGAGUCUCUUCAGCCUCUACCGCGCCUACAACGGGGCACGCGAGGACAAGUACCACCCCACCUUCGGCGGCGGCGACAUCAAGCGGGCGCCGAAGUGCGAUCUGCGCCGACUGGAGACGUGCAUGAGCGCCGCCUCCGUAGUCCGCUUCGUGGAGGAGCUGCGCCGUGACCGCCCCACCUACCCCCUCUACGCCGAGGAGCAGAUGGAGGCGGAUAUGUUGGAGGCGAUCACGCGGAGCAACGGAAAGGGUGGGCAUGGCACCAACAGCACUCCACCACAACAGCCACCACGGCCGUCGCUGCGCACCGAUAUUUCAGUGGAAGAGGCCGUACGACGCUUCUUCGGCACGGACGCGACGACAUCGGAGCAGGUGAUGACGGAGGAAGGCCUGUGUCUGCGGCCGAGCUACGCCUCCGACUCAACAGACCACUGGCUGAGUUUGCGGUGUUUGGCGGACUCGGAUAGCAACCCCCGCGCCGCCCUCGCUGGUCGACUCCUGCAGCACGUCCUGAGCACCUCCGGUGGUGCCGACGGGCAGGGCGAACUCCUGGCGCAGCUGAUUCGACCGCUCAUGCAGCGCAUGUUAACCCCCGGCGCCAACUACGACCGGUUGGAACUGGAACUGACGGUGACCGGCACGGAUCCGGCGGAGCUGCCGCGGCUGGCGCGGUGGUGUGCGCAGAGCGGGCUGCUCGAGACGUGCCCGGGGGUGUACUUCCGCUUCUUGAUCGUGCAGGAGGGCUACGCGACAGAGAGCGACGCCGCACGAAGGACCGCAUCCUCCUCGACGACAGCGGUGCACUUUGGGGACAUCUUGAAGAACAUAUUUCGUCCGAUUUGGCAAGCCUACAAAGUUGCGGCAACGCCGCCGAGCAGCGGAGGAGACGGUAGCGGUAGCGAAGGCGAGCGUGUGAACAACCGCAGCGGCAUCGACAACACCAAGGAGAUGUUGGCGCUGUUAGCCCGCACGACUGGGUUUUCCGUCAGCCUCACGCACGCCGCCGCCGUCCAAGAGAUGCCCCACCGCGGCGACCCGGCGACGCAGUUCCCCCUCCCGCACACGACUGCCACAUCAUCAGCGAAAUUAGCUGCCGCUCCGCCGGAUGCCUUCUUCGUGUACCACGUGUGGCGCAACGUGCAGCUCGUGAAUGCCUUCCUGCUCGCCUCCGGGCCGCAGGCGGCCACAAAUGAAGCGGCGGCAGCACGGGCGAACGCUCUUCUGCAGCGCCAGAAGAGCAGCACCACCGACGCACCGACGACGCACGAGUCAGCGAAGUCAGCGGCGAACACGUUGCCGACUGCACCGUGGAACUUCCGCGCUGCCUUCACCUUCACCCUACACGGCGGGGCUAACAGCCGCACCUUGUUCGGCGAGAGCGUCCUCGGUCUCCUGCUCGCGGACGCGGUGGUGAACCCGGCCUCCGCCUUCGAGUGGAGCCCGCUGACGUACCUGUACAUGCUGGCGCAGCGACACGUUAUUCUGACCCCCUCGCGCAACCGCUGCUGUGGCGCGUCUGUGAAGCACGCCCUGAACACCACGGCGAUCCCUCUCGCCGUGCAAGCCGGCCUGCGCGUCAGCGUGGCCACGCUAGAUCCCCUUUUCUACGACACCACCAACGACGCGCUGUGCGAGGAGCUGAUGGAGCUGACGAAGCAGCGCGGGCUGGCGAACGCCGACGUGACGGAGAUGUGCCUGCGCGGGGUCGAGAUGUCGAGCGGGUGCUUUUCGUGGGGGCAGCGGCGGCACCUCUUCGGCUACGCCUGGCCACACGCCCGCGCACGGUUCAACCAGUUCGCCGCGACACAAGUGAGCUCCCUGCGGCUGCAUCACCGCGCCUACGCGCUGGAGCAUGAGCUGGAUCUCCUCUUCGCUGCUGUACACCGCAGUGCAGGACCGUCUCCCACAGCAACAAAGCUCUCUGUUGUUGGACAGGACGAGAGUGCGACGCGGGCUGUCCUCUAUCUGCCGCCGAGCACCGCAACGGCGUACUGUCGCACGUCCAACGGGAGCGCCUGUGCGUUGCAGCGUGAGCACGAUCCAACUCUUUUGCAAAGCCUUUCCGGCUAUCGCUCGCACGAGUCGUUGAUGCAGUACCCGCGUAUCCUCAUUACUGGUCCCGACAGCGACGGACCGAGCGCGGCGGCCAAGCGGCUGAUGCAAGCCCUGACCCGGCGUGAGGCGUACCAGAAGUUCGUGGUGGACCCCGCCGCGGUGCGCGACCGCACGGCAUUCCUCGCCACAUCGUCUUCUACUCCCUCCUCCCCGCCGAACGCAGCGGCGGUGCAGCCGGUGUGGGUCAACGGUGUGUUGGAUAUUAAUGCAGCGCACAACGACAAGCGCAGCCACGACGCCACCGCAACCACCACCGUACACAAAACGGCUCUUGUAGGCGUACCGGCGAGACUUCCGCUGCCCAGCUGGCAACAGUUCCAGAUCGACAUUCGUGCCCUGCGUGCGCUCGCCAGCACGGACGCCACGGUGGCGAAGUACGCGAAUAAGCGGCUGGGGAUGCUGGAAUCGAAGUACAAGCUGCACGUCGCCUUGACGAAUGACGAUGAGGAGAGCUACUGCGUUUCCGUACCGGCGGCAGCGACAACAGCGGCGGCGGCGGCAGCGGAAGAGAAGACGGCGCCUCGGCGGCAGCACCGCAUUAUUCAGCCCAUCCGCGGCGACGCGCACAACUGUGUGAAGGUCGACGUGCACUGCCACAUGGCCAGCGGCAUCACCGCCAAGUCGCUGCUGCAGUUUAUGCGCUGCAAAAUUCGCGACCACCCCGACGACGUCGUCGGCGUGGACAACGUGACCGGUCAGCCGAUUACUCUUGUGAAGUUCUUUGGGGAGGUGCUACCCCAGGAAAAGCGUUCAUCGAUGGGGAUGAUGCCGCGUCCACCGCGGCCCAUGCACGAACAAGAGAACAAGGAUCGUCAAGGGAGCGAUGCAGAGGAGACGGUGGAGGGAGAUGCCGCGGCGGCGACGGCGGCCGGUGUGGCGCGCAUUCUUGGGGAGAUGCCGAUCGCUGCCCUGCAGGUGCACGCGGGCAAAGCGACCUUCCAUCGUUUCGACCGCUUCAACCACCGCUUCAGUCCCAUGGGCAUGUCCUCCCUUCGCUCGCUGUUUCUCAAGACAGAGAACUUUAUGCAAGGGCGCUACUUUGCCGAAUUGAUCCGCGGCACCUUUCAGCAGAACGAGCUGGAAGGUAACACGUUCAGCGAGAACCGCCUCUCCAUUUACGGCCGCAGCCGCACCGAGUGGGAUCGCCUCUCCCGCUGGUUUGUGCUGCACGGCAUGUCGCACCGCACGAACAGCUGGAUGAUACAAGUUCCACGUCUCUUCCACCUCUACCAACGCAGCGGCGCCCUCCGCAGCUUUCAGGAGAUGCUCACCAACAUCUUCGAGCCACUCUGGGCGGCGUCGUGCUACCCCGCGGAGCACCCCUACCUGCACUUCUUCCUCUCGCACGUCUCCGGCUUCGACAGCGUCGACAACGAGAGCGACCGCGAGGCGGAUCAGACGAUCGACGUGGCCCCCGCGCAGUGGACCUCCUCCGAGAAUCCACCCUUCGCCUACUACAUGUUCUACAUGUGGUCGAACAUCACCACCCUCAACCGCUACCGCGCCGCACGGGGAUUCAACACCUUCCAGUUCCGCCCCCACGCCGGCGAGAGCGGGGACCCCGAUCACAUGGCAGACGUGUUUUACCUGGCGGACGGCAUCGGCCACGGCAUCAGUCUCGACAAGCGCCCCGUGCUGCAGUACCUGUACUACCUCACCCAGAUCCCCCUCGCCAUCGUGCCCAUGUCGAACAACGCCCUCUUCUGCCGCUACGCGGACCACCCCCUGCCACAGUUCCUCUACCGCGGGUUGAACAUCGCGAUCGGCACCGACGGCGCGCUCAUCUUCCACCGCACCGAGCAGCCGCUGCUGGAGGAGUACGGCACGGCCGAGGCGCUGUGGAACCUGUCCGCGGCGGACAUCUGCGAGCUGGCGACCAGCAGCGUGCGCAUGUCUGGCUUUCCUGCUGGGCGAAAAAAGGCGUGGUUAGGCCCGCUGUAUUACUUACGCAGUGUCGCCGGGAAUGACCCGGUGCGGUCACACGUGCCGCAGACGCGCUGUGCAUUUCGCUAUGAGGCGUACAUGGAGGAGGUGUUCUACCUGCAGAGCCGUGCGUCGUGUGAGAUGUCGUGCCGGGCCAUGCUGACGCCGCUGGAGGAAGAGCUGAGUAUUAUGGACGCCACCGGUAUCUCGCGCGAAGAGCUGCUGAAGCGGCGCUGGGCGGGAGUACCCAUUCUGGAAAAGAAAGCGAAGGCGGCGACGGCGGCUGGUGCGCGCCGCCCCACGGCAACCUUUGACAGCUCGCAGCUCUGA